GUAUCAGAGGGAACAUCACUAUGGAUACAAUGGCAUCACCAAGCCUUCUAUCCCAGGCCAACGCCAGCUUCUGCCUGGCUUUGUUCAAAAACCUGGCGGAUGAAGACAAGACUGCAAAUGUCUUCUUUUCUCCGUUUAGCAUCUCCUCAGCCCUGGCUAUGGUGAUGCUAGGGGCCAGAGGCAACACAGCCACACAGAUGUCAGAGAGUCUGAAAACCCACACUUGUCGCGAUGAUGUCCACAUUAGCUUUUCCCAUCUGCUGAGUGAGCUCAACAAGCCAGAAGCUCCAUAUGCCCUCACUGUUGCCAACAGGCUGUAUGGAGAGAAGUCCUACCAGUUUGUUGGGGAUUUCUUGAACAAAACAAAGAAGCUCUACAAAGCAGAGCUGGAGCCUGUGGACUUCAAAACCAGCUCUGAGGAGGCAAGGCUCAAGAUCAACGGCUGGGUAGAGAAGCAGACACAAGGUAAAAUUAAGGAUGUGCUGGCCCAGGGUGUGUUGGACAGCUUGGCUCAGCUUGUGCUGGUUAAUGCCUUCUACUUCAAAGGCAACUGGAACAAGAAGUUUCAGGAGAGCGCCACACGUGAUGCUGAGUUUAGACUCAACAAGAAUGACACUAAACCUGUGAAGAUGAUGUACCAGAAGUCAAAGUUCCCUUUAACCUUCAUCCCUGAAGUAAACUGCCAGAUCCUAGAGAUGCCAUACCAAGGGAAGGAGCUCAGCAUGCUCAUCUUUCUCCCCAAUGAUAUAGAGGACAGUUCAACAGGUCUGGAGAAGCUGGAGAAGGAGCUGACCAAUGAGAACUUUGUGAAGUGGACUAACCCAGACAUGAUGAAUGAAGUUGAGGUUCAGGUGGGCCUGCCUCGAUUCAAGAUGGAGGAGAAGUAUGACUUGAGAAAUGUACUGAUCAGCAUGGGCAUGGUCGAUGCCUUCGAUGGGAAUAGGAGUGACUUCUCAGGCAUGGCUCCAGAAAACGACCUUGUGCUGUCCAAAGUCUUUCACAAGGCUUUCGUGGAGGUCAAUGAGGAGGGCACUGAGGCUGCUGCUGCCACUGCUGCCGUCAUGAUGCUGCGCUGUGCCAUGCUUCCGGCUUCCUUCGUCGCAGACCAUCCCUUUAUCUUCCUCAUCAAAGAUAAACGCUCCAAUAGUGUCCUCUUUAUCGGGCGAUACACCUCACCUGUGUGAACACAGCAUCAUUUACAGCAGUGUUUAUUACUAGAAGAAUUUUAAGAAUCACCACUGGAGAGUUUCCUGUAGCUGAUAACUCACUGAAUUGCUGACCUAUGUUUAAUACGGCAGGAUGAUAAUGAGUAAAGCUAUAGUGUUGGAUUUUCUGAUCUGAUUUACUCUGUCUAUAUAGCAUUUAGGACUGUUUGCUGCACUCUCACUCUCUACCCUACUUUAUCUACUGUAUAACAUUAGUCAAGUUUAUCUUAUCUCAUUUUAAAUGCUCAGUUAACCAAAGAGAAUAAUGAAAUAAAAUCAUAUUUACAGGGAGAUAUGUCAGUGAUUAUACUAUUAUGAAUAUUGGCCAUAAAGAAGAGGAGCUGCUUACAUAGAGGUAUGAACCAGGUCCUUUUUAUGUAUGCUUACGCUUUUACAUGUAGAAUAAAAGUUUUUGAUUCACA